AUGGCGGGGAUUAAUCAUGCAUCUGUCGCCAUGUCCGCUUCCGACGUGCAGGGUCGCAAACGCAAUGUGACCAUUGCGGGCAUGGACAGCUCUCCGGGAAGUAUAGAGGAUAUGGACGACAAUGACUCGCGCGAUGAUAAGAGAAGGCAGCCUGUCAAGCGUGCUUGCAAUGAAUGUCGGCAGCAGAAGGUAAGUGCCGCCUCGCGUGGCAUGCAUUCCGCAAGUGGCGAUGCUAGCGGCGAUGCCCUGACCAACGCUCAUGCUAACUCAACCUCCUUGCAGCUUCGAUGCGAUGUGACUCAGGACCCUUGGUCUGAUUGUUCCCGGUGUCGGCGACUAAAACUUGAUUGCAAGAUCGAGUCUAAUUUCAAGCGGGUUGGGAAGCGCAGCCGCAAUGCGGAGAUGGAGCGAGAGAUUAUCGAAUUGAGGAAGCAGAUCGCCACGGGCAGCCCCGUUCCCGCAAUAAACCAGCAGCAACAGCACAUUUCUUCGGGGCAGUUGACACCCAAGCAAGAGUCUAGUCAGGUUAGCCCCGCGGGCGUUUACCAGACCCAGACCCCAUCCGCUCUGUCUACAGACCAAUACAUGGGCUCCCAGGAAGCAGUUGCAUCCCUCCUGGACCUUCGUUCGGGAUUUGACAGCUCCAACUAUAUGAGAAACGGUGGUACCCAGAUCAAGCGCAUUGAAGAUGUCAUGGUCGUACCAGAGAAAGCCACGGAGUUGUUCAACCUGUUCUUUACAUAUUAUCACCCAUUCCUCCCAUUCCUCGAUCGUCAGCAAUCCGCGGACGAUUAUUAUAACACUUCGCCCUUACUUUUCUGGACCGUCAUUAGUGUUGGCGCUAGGCGCUACCAGAGUGACACAGGUUUACUCAACUCGCUGGCGGGACCUGUCACUCGCCUCGUCUGGAGCACACUAGCCGAUAUUCCCCAAAGCUACCAUGUUGUGAAAGCGCUCUGUCUGCUGUGUUCUUGGCCAUUCCCUACUAGCAGUACAUCCACCGACCCAACAUUUAUGCUCUGCGGAAUGAUGGUGCAAGUUGCUAUGCAGCUUGGUCUUCAUCGACCUUCUCAUAGCCAGGACUUUAGCAAGUUCCGCGUGGAGCUCAUCGAGGAAGAACUGAGGGACAAAGUGCGAACCUGGGCCAUUUGCAAUAUUGUUGCGCAACGGGUUUCCACUGGUUAUGGCCAGCCACCCUCUAGCCUCUAUGACUGGACACUGUCUGGGGAGUCAUUGGAUAAGAACUUCAAGCUACCUGGAGACAUCAAACCCCGGUUAGAGAUUGAAAAGUUUUGCGACAAGAUUACCAGAGCACUCUACUCAAACCGACGGGACCCUGUAGGGUUGAGCAAUGAUCAAGAAAGAUUGACAAUGAUUUCAUUCCUUUCGCGAGACUUUGACGACCUUGAAGAGCAGUUCAAAUCACAAAAUGACUGCAUCACCGAUUUAUACCUCCGUGCUGCCAACCUUCACUUACAUCUGUCAGCAUUCUUUGAUGAUCCUUCGGCCAAAGACUACCGCGGGCGUCUUCUGUCUCUCUAUGUGGCGACUACAUCAUUCCUCGAGGUCACAAUGAACCUGGAAACUGAAAUCGGACCCGUCCUCUCGUACACGCCCUACUAUGUCUACCAGAUGAUGGUUGCGGCGGGCUGCACUCUUCUCAAACUGAGCAAGAGCUUCUUCAGCAACCAUAUCGACAUGGAAUAUACCAAAACUUUGUUCAAUCGGACCAUCUGGGCCAUUCGUGGGGUAUCCGUCUCAAACAAUGACCUGCCCGAGCGCCUGGCUGAGGUAUUGGCUCAGAUGUGGAGACUGGGAGUUACCUCGCAGCGGUCAGCCACAAGCAAUUCCGAUGUGGACGACUCGCUGAGACUCAAGGUUCGUUGUCGCAUGAGUAUGUCUCUUCUCUUCGACUCUGUCUGGCGGUGGCGAGAGGACGCACGAACGAAGGGACGAAACAUUGAAGCCUACCUCAAGAACCCGACCAAUCCCGACUCAGCGGCCGACUCAUCUGCUGCCUCAUCUGUGGGCCCCCCGCAUACAACAUCAUCCACCCCCGGUAUUGCUGGUGGCGAUCCAAGUCUGGCGCCAGCUCCGAUACUUCCAAACCUCGGUGUUGGAGCAGCAAGCAAUGGAGCCGGCGGGCUCCCUAGUGGAUUCAUUGAGCCCAACUACGAAGUGUUCGAUCCACUCAACUGGCUCCUCGACGGCCUAGUCGACUUGCCAUAUUCCUAUUCAACCAUGGGCGGGAUGGAGACACAGAUUACAUAG